UCUCUUCGAGUUGACGUGGCUGGACCCAGACGCGUAUGGGAUGCUUUGGCUUUUGGUAGCGUAACGUACCUUGCUCCGAAUAUCGAUGAUUUAGCACUCCCAAGAUGGUACUUCCUUCUUUGAGGUGGAUGGGGGAGGUGUUGACUGGUCGUUUUCGUGCUUCUUUCCAUGGAGAUUCCUUGGUUCAGAAGAGGUGUGGCCUGCCGCGGGAUCGUGUUCGAUUCAGGAUGCAUCGAGGCCGACAGAAACCUUGGAGAGGCUUGCAGAACUGCAGCAGGAAGGUUUGGUCAUGGAUAUUCCUGGGUUACGCGAUUUCGCCCGGCUCGGCGAAGGGAACGAGACCGAGAAGAGAAUGAUUAUCGGUUUUACACUAUAUCAAACUGGAUGGCAAUAAGUAUGACAUUUGCUUUCUGUUUCAGUAUGCGGGGGGGUCGUUUUGGCAGUUUCCGGGCCGGUCCGUUCUCUUUUGGGUCAAAUUCCAGCUUAACGUUAACUGUUUCUUCCUAUGUUGUUAGCAUGUCUAACCUGCGGCAUUUUCGAACCCCAGACCAACCGCACCGACUGAGAGCCUCAAGUAUCGACCUCCAUCGUGUCUCGCUAUCUUCCACGGGACGACAAUGCGUUCAUAUUAAUAUUCUCGACAUGGAGGAAGAUAUCGCCGUUCUCAAUCAACACAUUCGUCGCUUGCGUUCAUUGCUCUCCAAUCUCCGUCGAGUGCGAGAGCAGAAGGAGGGUCAGUUAGAGCACUAGAAAUGUGUGGUGGCUCCAAUAUGGACUCUCCCUGAUGAGAUACUGGCCGAGAUCUUUUAACUUUGCAGCAACCGGGCUCUCUGUUGAUGACCUGGAUGCCCAUGGGUUGUAAGCCAUGCUUGAUGUACAUGGCGCAAUGUUGCUCUGUCAAUGUCCACACUCUGGACGAGUAUAUAUAUACAUCGACGAUACGGUCCUUUCCCCACGGAGCUACUUCAAACGUAUCUCGAGCGGUCAAAGCAAACCCAAUUAUCUUGCAGCGUCAGCUCUUCCGAUGAUGUCACCGUCAUCCUUUGGUGCCUUGCUUCCCAUUAUAGUCGGUUGCGUAUGCUUGAGAUGUCCUUUUGCCUUCCUGGUUGGAAGGCAGUUCCCCUCUAUGCCACUUU